AUACAACGUUUGUGGCCUCAGGUCUCAUCUUACUGCCGACCAACCCCCUUUCGCCAUCCUUUGGCAUCUAGACGAUUCAAUUACUGCCGCGUGAUUGAAUCGGGGAGUCGAGGGUUUCUCUCCUGGCCUCGUAAAUUUGAUUUUGGUUCAUUUGAUCUGUUGGAUUUUGAGGGAGGAGAGAGAUUGUAUCGAUCUCGACGAUGGAGGAAUUGAGCUUGGCGGCUGGGAGGCUCUCGAGCUGGUGGGAUGAGAUCAACGAGUCGGACCGGUGGCAGGACGGCGUGUUCUACUUCCUCUGCUCUGCCUACGCACUUGUCUCCUGCGUCGCUCUGGUUCAAUUGAUACGGAUCCAGGUACGAGUGCCUGAAUAUGGUUGGACAACGCAGAAGGUUUUCCAUUUCAUGAAUUUUAUUGUAAAUGGAGUACGUGCUGUGGAGUUUGGAUUUCAUGCUCAAGUAUUUCUUUUCCGGCCUAGGGUAUUUACUCUCACACUGUUAGAUCUUCCUGGUUUGUUAUUCUUCUCUACGUAUACGCUGCUUGUCCUGUUCUGGGCAGAGAUCUACCAUCAGGCGAGAAGUCUUCCAACAAACAAGCUGAGGAUUGCAUACAUCUGCGUUAAUAUUGUGAUAUAUGUUAUUCAGGUUUGUUUAUGGAUAUACCUCUGGAUAAAUGACAACAGCAUAAUCGAAUUAGUCGGAAAGAUCUUUAUAGCAGCGGUAUCAUUUAUAGCUGCACUUGGAUUCUUGGUAUACGGAGGCAGGCUGUUUCUCAUGCUAAGGAGGUUCCCGAUCGAAUCAAAAGGAAGGAGAAAGAAACUUCAUGAGGUUGGAUCUGUCACAGCUAUAUGUUUCACCUGCUUUCUUAUACGAUGCUUUAUGGUCGGGUUAUCUGCAUUUGAUGCAGAGGCAUCUCUCGUGGUUCUGGAUCAUCCCAUAUUAGACCUCAUAUAUUACAUGCUGACCGAAAUACUCCCCUCGGCACUUGUUCUUUACAUACUUCGGAAGCUUCCUCCCAAGCGAGUAUCAGCUCAAUACCACCCCAUCCGGUAGCAGGAACAAAAUGCCGCCACGAGCUCGUCGCUGGGGCUACUAAACUUGGAUUUUAUUGGAAGGUUGUGGUAUUUGGAAGCAGUAACAGACUUAAAAUGAGAGGCUGGAUCAAAGCUAUUUGGUUGAUAGUCUCUUUGUGCAAGCUUCCCAAUGAGAUAUUUUCACAGCAGGAGAGGUGUGGAGUUGUUAGGAGUGAGCAUUGCAGAAAAAAAAUUAUUUGAUUUAAUUUCUUAGAAUAUUUUUCCUUAGGAGCUCAAUGGUGCAAAAAAAUAGCCGAUCUCAAGUAGUUGGAAUAUUUUGGUUUGUUGGGUAUUUCGGUUUGUUGAGAUGUGGAUCUCAUUGUGCUGUUAUGACAGUGAUUUGUUUGUGAUGAUAUAUUUAUGAUUGUAAUCCAGUUUGUGAUGA